AUGGGCUCGAAGAAGCUCACCUGGCUCAUCACCAGCUGCUCAUCUGGCUUUGGCCUGUCCCUCACUCGCGCCGCUCAGGCUGGUGGCCACAGGGUCAUCGCCACCUCGCGCAACCCUUCUCGCACCCCCGAUCUGGUCGCAGAAGUCGAGGGGAAGGGAGGUAAAUGGGUCCAACUCGAUGUUGAUAGCGCCGAGAGCAGCGAUGUGAUUACCGAGCUUGAGGAGGGCGGAGAACAGAUUGACGUCCUUGUGAACAACGCGGGGGGUUCUAUCUACGCACCCAUUGAAACCAGUACCGAUGAGGAGAUUCGUGCCCAGAUGGAGACCAUGUACUUUGGGCCCCUGCGCCUUAUCCGCGCAGUUCUGCCUCACAUGCGGCAACGUCGAUCCGGUGUCAUUGUCAACAUGAGCAGUGGCGCUUCCCUCGAUGGGAUCCCUACGAUGGGAGUCUAUGGGAGUGCUAAGGCUGGUCUGGACGCUCUUACCAAGAUCCUCGCCAAGGAGGUUGCUCCUUUCAAGAUUCGUACACUGACUGUUGUUCUGGGGACUUUCAACACCAAUAUGCCCCAGUCUGUAGUGCUGGGCAAGGCCCCUCUGCCCGACGACUACAAGGGCACCGUUACUGAGCAGAUCCAAGGGCUGCUGCUGAGCGGAAAGAUUAAGCCCAAUGGCGACAAAGACAAGGCCAUGCAGGCGUUAUAUCAGAUUGUAGUUGGCGAAGGUGAAGGCGAGGGACACGAGACGGAGAAACUGCUGCCAUUGGGGAGUGAUAUGACUCUUCGCCUCAAGGGAGUCCAGAAAUAUCUCGACCAUGCCCUACAGGUGUUUGACUCUGUGACCAACAGUGUUGUUGAUGUGGUGGAUAAAUAG